AUGGACCGCCUCAACAGAAUGCUGGCUGGUGCAUCCGGCAUGGGUGGGCUUGGAACUGCUCCGGGAUCUGACAACCAAGCCCUCAUCGACAACUCCGAGACGGUCUACAUAUCCUCCCUCGCGCUGUUGAAGAUGUUACGACACGGACGAGCCGGUGUGCCUAUGGAGGUCAUGGGUCUAAUGCUGGGCGAGUUCGUCGACGACUUCACAGUGCGCGUCGUCGAUGUCUUCGCCAUGCCGCAGAGCGGUACCGGUGUCAGUGUCGAGGCUGUCGACCCGGUGUUCCAGCAGAAGAUGAUGGACAUGCUGACACAAACGGGAAGACCCGAAUCUGUCGUUGGCUGGUACCACUCCCACCCUGGAUUCGGCUGCUGGCUCUCGUCGGUUGAUAUCAACACCCAACAGUCCUUCGAGCAGCUGACGCCCCGCGCCGUCGCCGUCGUCGUCGACCCUAUACAGUCCGUCAAAGGAAAGGUCGUCAUUGACGCUUUCCGCCUCAUCAACCCACAGUCUUUGAUGCUUGGUCAGGAGCCGAGACAGAGUACAUCCAACCUGGGUCACCUCAAUAAGCCAUCCAUACAAGCGCUAAUCCACGGCCUCAACCGACACUACUACUCGAUCGGCAUCAACUACCGGAAAACGGCCUUGGAGGAGAAUAUGCUGAUGAACCUGCACAAGCACGUCUGGACCGAGGCGCUAGAGAUGGAGGACUUUAGACAUGAAGGCGAGCAGAACAAGGAGAGCUUCGAAAGACUAGUCCACCUGGCCGAAGGAUACGAGAAGAGAGUCAAGGAGGAGACUGAGCUGACUAAGGACCAACUCAAGACUCGCUACGUUGGCAAGCUCGAUCCGAAGAAGCAUCUGGAGGACGUUGGCCAGAAGCUCAUUGAGGACAACAUCGUAUCAGUAUCGAGACAGAUGAUCGACAAAGAGGCUACGAUGCCCAAGAAAGACGCAGCGGCGAAUGGACAGGCAAACGGCGACCAUAUGGAAGUGGAAGACGAGAAGCUCUAA